AUGGGAAAUUCUUAUGCUGGUCAGCUCAAGACAACACGGUUUGAAGAAGUGUUGCAUAAUUCUAUUGAGGCCUCUCUCCGCUCAAACAACUUAGUUCCCAGACCAAUAUUUUCUCAGUUAUAUUUGGAAGCUGAACAGCAACUAUCAUCACUGGAAGCAGGCAGCAGAGCAGAUAAUGAGGAAGAAGAAGAGGAAGAGGAUGAAGAAGAAGGCUCAGAAUCAAGUAGUCCUCCUGUUUCUUACCAGAUGAAGCCUCCCCCAGAAGGAUGUUGCACUACUGAUGGUUUCUGCCAGGCUGGUAAAGAUUUGAGACUGGUUUCAAUUUCUAAUGAACAUAUUGAGGUGCCAUCUGGAUUUUUACUUGUUGGUGCAAAGUCACCAAAUUUACCUGAUCACCUGUUGGUGUGUGCUGUGGAUAAAAGGUUCCUGCCAGAUGACAACGGGCGCAAUGCCCUGUUGGGCUUUUCUGGCAAUUGUGUUGGCUGUGGCAAGAAGGGCUUCUGCUACUUUACAGAAUUCUCAAAUCACAUUAAUCUUAAACUGACCACUCAGCCCAAGAAACAGAAACACUUAAAGUAUUAUCUGGUCAGGAAUGCACAGGGAGCUCUGACCAAAGGAUCUGUGAUCUGCUGGAAAGGGGCAGAGUUCAGAGGCCGGCAGUCUUCAACCAGUACCUGCUCAAGCACCUUGUUCCAAUUGCCAGAAAGUUCAGGCCUCUCAGGAAGCACCUCCAGCGAGCCUCUCCCACCUCCAAAUCCCAGUGCUCCAGCUGGGACUCAGCAAACAGCUGCAGCCGUAGAUCACAUCCCUUCAACAGCUGCAUUCAGCUCAGCAGUUUAUAAUGGCAAGGAAUCACCUAAACAGCAGUUGAUGAAAAAUAACCUGCCUGCUCUGACGAGACCUUCAGUGCUAGGCACAUUAACAAAUUCAGGGCCUCCAAAAAAGCGCCAUAAAGGUUGGUCACCAGAAUCUCCAUCAUCCACUGAAACUUGGAACUUGCAGCUCAAUCCACAAGCUCCAAACAGAAUUAAAAAUGAUGGAGGAAGCCUGCCAUCUUUGCCACAUUCUGCUUUGGUGGGACCAGCCUCCUCUCCAAUGGUGGGCUCAGGAGAACCAGUCUCAGUUCCUGACAACUUGCUGAAAAUCUGUAAAGCAAAACCAGUUAUCUUUAAAGGUCAUGGAAACUUCCCAUAUCUUUGUGGGAACAUUAAUGAUGUGAUAGUGAGUCCUUUGUUGUACACCUGUUACAGAAAUUCACAGUCUUUGUCUAGAGCAUAUGAACAGUACGGUGCAUCCACAAUACAGCCUAUUUCUGAGGAAAUGCAGCUGUUACUGACUGUCUACUACCUUGUUCAGCUAGCUGCAGACCAGGUCCCUUUGAUAGAGGAUUUGGAGCAGAUAUUCAUGCGGUCCUGGCGGGAAUCCCACCUGUCCGAAAUCCGUCAGUACCAGCAGGCUGUUCCGCAGCCCUUCCCGCAGCUGCCCAGCCACAUCACCCCGGUGACUUCAGCACAGCUGCCCUGGCUGGCAGGGCUGGCAGCCAGCUCCUGCAAUGACAGCGUCCACAUCAUUGAGUGCAGCUACUCCCUGGCUGAAGGGCUUUCUGAGAUGUUUAAACUACUCAUGGAAGGAAAAUUAAUAAAGACAAACUAUGUGGUGAUCAUAUGUGCCAGUAGAAACCGAGCCAUUGAUUCCUGCAUUGUGAUAACAGGAAAAUAUCAGGCAAGAGUUCUGUCUGAGAGCAUGCUCAGUCCUUCAGACUACCAAAAAGAAGUUAACUAUCAGCUGGUCACAGGGAAGGUGGAAAUUCUGGGGUCCUUCUUUAGCACACUCUGCCCAGAGGGUGACAUUGAUAUUUUGCUGGAGAAAUUUUAUCAGGAAAACCAAGGGCACAUCUCUUCAUCACUUUCUGCUUCAGUGAAUAAACCAACAGCAGUGAAUGGAGCUGGAACAGCUGUGUGUACCAGUUAUGAGAUUGAACGACAUCAAAUUCGUCCAUUCCAGCUAGCAGUGGCUCAGAAAUUGCUGUCUCAUAUUUGCUCAAUUGCUGACUCCAGCACUCAAAAUCUUGAUUUGGGUUCCUUCGAGAAAAUUGAUUUCUUGAUUUGUGUUCCACCCUCCGAAGUGACUUAUCAACAGACUUUGUUUCAUCUCUGGCACUCAGGUAUAUUGUUAGAACUUGGAUUAGAAAAGGAACAUCUUACAAAGCAGAGAGUGGAACAGUAUGUUAUGAAACUAGAUGCAGAAGCCCAAAUUAAGUUCAAAGUCUUUUUACAAAACUCUAUGCAGAAUCCACACACACUGUUUGUCUUAAUCCAUGAUCAUGCACACUGGGAUCUAAUGAGUGCUAUGCAUAGUCUUUAUCCUCAAACAGAGCUGUCGACAGGACUUGUUGAUAGACUGUUGAACUGCAGGGAGGUGAAAGAGGCACCAAAUAUUGUGACCCUCCAUGUGACUUCCUUCCCCUAUGCGCUGCAGACACAGCACACUCAUAUCAGCCCUUACAAUGAGAUCCACUGGCCUUCUUCAUACAGCAAUGGCGUAGAUUUAUACCAUGAGAACAAGAAAUACUUUGGACUGUCAGAAUUCAUUGAGUCUACCCUCUCUGGACAUAGCAUUCCACUGCUUCGGUACGACAGCUCUUUUGAAGCCAUGGUCAUGGCUUUGGGAAAGAGGUUCCCCAGAUUACACAGUGCAGUGAUAAGGACUUUUGUCCUUAUCCAACACUACUCUGCAGCUAUGAUGGCAGUGUGUGGCCUUUCUCAGAUGAAGAAUUACACCUCAGUUGAAACUCUGGAAAUCACCCAAAAUCUAAUAAACUCUUCAAGACAAUGUCCUAGUGGCCAUGGCCUCAUGGUAGUAUUGAGAAUUCCAUGUGUCCCACUGGCUGCAGUGGCAUAUGAACGUCUGCAUAAUGUAAGGGAAAGACUAGCCCUUGAAGAUAACUUUGAGAUAAUCUUGGGAAAUCCUAAUUCUGGAAUCACAAUCGGGAAGCACUUUGUGGAACAACUAAAGAUCUGGCAGAAAAUUGAGGAUGUGGAUUGGAGGCCACAGACCUAUUUGGAAUUGGAAGGUUUGCCUUGCAUAUUGAUAUUUAGUGGGAUGGAUCCACAGGGGGAAUCUUUGCCACGAUCACUGAGAUACUGCGACCUACGUUUAAUAAAUUCAUCUUCUUUGGUACGGACAACCCUGGAGCAAGAACUCGGUUUGGCAGCAUAUUUUGUGAGCUCAGAAAUUCACACAGAGAAAGCAGUUGUGAAUGAUGUGUUAGAAAGUGACCCAGAGAAGCUAAGCAGUACUGACAAUGAAGAUGAAGAAAUAGUGACAGAAGGUUCUACUUCAGAAAAGAGAAGUCCUAUGAAAAGAGAAAGAUCACGCUCCCAUGACUCUGCAUCUUCAUCUCUCUCUUCAAAAGCUUCCAUUACAGCAUUCUGCACAGAGUCAUCUCCUCCCCAAGCCCAAAGUAACAGCACUGAAGAAACUACAAAUAACUAUGAAAGGCAGAAGCAGAAAGUAGACAAGGGGGCACAAACAACAAUCAGCAAACACUUGCCACCAGUAACUGAACAGCUGGAUAUGAAACAAAAUGUAAAAAGUGCCCAAGUCUCCAUCACCUCAUCAUCCUCCUCACCUUUCUCCUCCUCUUCUUCCUCCUCUGCACCUACUCAUAACUCCUUCAUCCUACAGACGUCUCAAUGCUCCAUGACCAAAGCAUCAAAACAGCCACCCAUAGUUUUCCUGCCCAAACUGGUUUAUGACAUUAUUACUUCUACAGACAGCAGCGGACUUCCCAAAUCCUCUUCCCUCCUGCCUUACCAUUCCGUUAUGUGGGCAAGUUCCUUUCGUCCUCUUAUGAGCAAGAUGAUGACGUGCACGGAGCAGUCGCUGUACUACCGCCAGUGGACGGUUCCCAAGCCGAUCCACAUGGACUACAACAACAGAAACGAGGGCAGAAUGGACACCUUUCACCCACGGAGACUGCUGCUGAGUGGGCCACCACAGAUAGGGAAAACAGGUGCCUAUCUGCAGUUCCUCAGUAUUUUGUCCCGAAUGCUGAUUAGACUGACAGAAGUGGAUGUUUAUGACGAGGAAGAAAUCAACAUUAACAUAAAAGAAGAAUCUGAUCGAUACUACCGUCAGCCUGGAGAUAUGUGGCCAGAUUUGGAGACAUUUAAGAAGAUGCCUUUUGACUACACUAUCCAUGAUCCAAAAUAUGAAGAUGCAAGUCUCAUUUGUUCAAAGCUUCAGACUAUAAACAGUGAAGACAGAUCAAUGAGCAGGAGACAGGAAGAUAUGUACACGUGCCGUCAAACAACUAGGAUGAGAUUGUCCAAGUAUGCAGCAUAUAACACCUACCAUCACUGUGAACAGUGUCAUCAGUAUAUGGGUUUCAAUCCCAGGUACCAGAUUUAUGAAUCUACUCUGCAUGCAUUUGCCUUUUCCUAUUCUAUGCUGGGAGAAGAGAUACAGCUCCAUUUUAUCAUUCCAAAAUCAAAGGAGCAUCAUUUUGUCUUUAGCCAACCAGGAAGACAGUUGGAAAGCAUGAGGCUACCACUAGUCACAGAUAAGAGUGAAGAUUACAUAAAAAGCCCGACUUUUACUCCCACCACUGGUCGUCAUGAACAUGGACUUUUCAAUUUAUAUCAUGCAAUGGAUGGAGCCAGUCAUUUGCAUGUUUUAGUUGUCAAGGAGUAUGAAAUGGCCAUAUAUAAGAAGUAUUGGCCCAACCACAUCAUGCUUGUUCUUCCAAGCAUUUUCAACAGUGCAGGAGUGGGUGCUGCACACUUCCUGAUAAAAGAGUUGUCUUAUCAUAACUUGGAGCUUGAACGCAAUCGGCAGGAAGAGCUGGGGAUAAAACCCCAGGAUAUUUGGCCUUUCAUUGUCAUUUCAGAUGACUCUUGUGUUAUGUGGAAUGCAGUAGAAGUUGAUUGUUCAGGAGACAGGAAAAGUGACUAUACAUGGACUGAAAGGAAUGUUUCCCUGAAGCAAAUUCUGCAACAUAUUGAAGCAACUCCCAAUGUCACUCAUUAUGCCCUAAUUGGGAUGAGGAAAUGGUCCAGUAAAACAAACAGUGCUGAGAUUAAGGAACCAUUCUCCUGCUGCCAUGUGCAUGACUUCAUUAUGCUAAAUGUGGAUCUGACACAGAAUGUACAGUACAAUCAGAACAGAUUUACAUGUGAUGAUGUUGACUUCAACUUGCGUGUCCACAGUGCUGGUCUUCUCAUCUGUCGUUUCAACCACUUCAAUGUCAUGAAAAAGCAAAUUGCAGUAGGAGGACAACGAUCCUUCCACAUAAAGUCUAAGGUAUCUGACACUUCAGUUUCAAUCUCCCCUGCUCAGUACAUUUGUGCUCCUGACAGCAAGCACACCUUCCUGGCAGCACCUGCUCAGUUGCUCCUUGAAAAGUAUCUCCAGUACCACAGCCAUCGCUUCUUCCCUCUCUCACUGAAGAAUUAUAGCCAUCCAGUGCUAUCUGUGGACUGUUACCUGAAUUUAGGACCACAGAUUGCAGUUUGCUACGUGAGUUCUCGGCCUCAUUCUCUGAAUAUCAGUUCCUCUGGUUUGACAUUCAGUGGUCUCCUGCUGUACCUCUGUGACUCCUUUGUUGUAGCUAGCUUUUUGAAGAAGUUCCAUUUUCUUAAAGGUGCCACCCUGUGUGUGAUCUGCCAGGACCGCAAUUCUCUCCGCCAGACCGUUGUCCGGCUGGAGCUGGAGGACGAAUGGCAAUUCCGUCUGCGGGACGAAUUCCAGACUGCCAAUGCCAAAGAGGACAGACCACUUUUCUUCCUGACUGGACGACAUAUUUAAUUGAAAAGAGACACAUUUCCUGAAUGGCACAAGAUACUAAUUUCCACCAUCUCAUGAAAUUACUUUUGAGAGGCUCUGCUUUCUGAACAGAAACAGGACUGUUUUCUGUUGUUUAUUAGAAUGAUAUCUAAUCAGACAGUUUAAGAUCAUAUUUGCAAACAUUGAAGUGACAUUUCUAAUUUAAUGUUCUGAUGGAAGUCAUCUGCAAUUCCUGAUAGAAACACAGAGAC